UAUGUUUUUUUUGCAGAGGGAGGGGCCUUCUUCUUCACAUGCCGGUCAUAUUUUUGUGACGAUCGGCUGUGAAGCUUUAGACCCAUGUUAUAAACCCUAGAAAUAAAAGAGCUAUUUUUACAAGGAAUUUUCAGCCACUUUUGAGGACUCUUUUCUCCUCAAAUCUCUGUCUUAAUUUGUUCUUCGUGGAUGAUUUCAGCUGCCUCAGGGAUUCGCAUUUUUUUUAGGGUUUUGGAAUAGGGGUUUUCGUGAUCUGUGAUCUGGAUUCGGAGGAGCUGAUCGAGAUAAAGAGUGAGGUUUUGGUGGCAUUUUGGGCUUGCCUGGUCGGGUUUUCUGAACUCGAUCGAGUAAGAAAUGGCUGCCCCAGUAAACAUAACUGUGGGAUCUCUUGUAUGGGUGGAGGAUCCUGAUGAGGCUUGGGCAGAUGGGGAAGUAGUUGAAGUUAAAGGCCAGGAAAUAAAGAUAAGCUGUUCCUCUGGGAAGACAGUUACCGCAAAUGUCUCCAAUGUGUACCCUAAGGAUCCUGAGGCAUCCCCUUGUGGGGUGGAUGACAUGACAAAGCUGGCUUAUCUUCAUGAACCUGGUGUUCUGCAAAAUUUAAAAUCUAGAUAUGACAUGAAUGAAAUAUAUACUUACACAGGCAAUAUAUUGAUUGCCGUAAAUCCUUUUAGAAGGCUUCCUCAUCUGUAUGAUAACCAUAUGAUGGAACAAUAUAAAGCGGCUGCCUUUGGGGAGCUAAGCCCUCACCCAUUUGCUGUUGCAGAUGCUGCAUACAGGCUUAUGAUGAAUGAGGGCAUAAGCCAAUCAAUCCUAGUGAGUGGAGAAAGUGGAGCAGGUAAAACGGAAAGCACAAAAAUGCUUAUGCGUUAUCUUGCUUACAUGGGAGGUAGAGCUGCGGCAGAGGGGAGGACGGUGGAGCAGCAAGUUCUAGAAUCAAAUCCUGUUUUGGAGGCAUUUGGUAAUGCAAAAACUGUUAGAAAUAAUAAUUCAAGUCGGUUUGGUAAGUUCGUGGAGAUUCAGUUUGACAAGAGGGGACGGAUAUCAGGAGCUGCUAUCAGAACUUACUUGUUAGAAAGAUCUCGUGUUUGUCAAGUUUCUGAUCCUGAAAGAAAUUAUCAUUGCUUCUAUAUGCUUUGUGCUGCACCACCUGAGGAUGUUGAGAAAUACAAAUUGGGGAACCCUAGGAUGUUUCACUAUUUGAAUCAGUCCAACUGUUAUGAGUUGGAUGGAGUAAAUGAUUCUGAGGAGUACUUGGCCACAAGAAGGGCCAUGGAUGUUGUGGGAAUUAGUUCUGAUGAACAGGAUGCAAUUUUCCGAGUUGUGGCUGCAAUCCUUCAUUUAGGAAAUGUGGAAUUCGCUAAGGGAAAGGAAACUGAUUCUUCUCAGCCCAAAGAUGAAAAAUCACUAUUUCAUCUCAAGACUGCAGCAGAGCUUUUUAUGUGCAAUCUAAAAUUACUUGAAGAUUCUCUCUGUAAGCGUGUGAUUGUAACACGUGAUGAGACCAUCACAAAAACUCUUGAUCCAGAGUCUGCUACUUUCAGUCGAGAUGCUUUAGCAAAAAUUGUUUAUUCUCGGCUUUUUGAUUGGUUGGUGAAUAAGAUAAAUAGUUCAAUUGGCCAGGACCCCCACUCAAAGUUUCUAAUUGGUGUAUUGGAUAUUUAUGGUUUUGAGAGUUUCAAGACAAACAGCUUUGAACAAUUUUGCAUUAAUUUGACAAAUGAAAAACUUCAGCAACAUUUCAACCAGCAUGUUUUCAAGAUGGAGCAGGAAGAGUAUACGAAGGAAGAAAUCAACUGGAGUUACAUUGAAUUCAUUGAUAAUCAGGAUGUGCUGGAUCUAAUCGAUAAGAAACCUGGAGGGAUCAUUGCACUUCUUGAUGAGGCUUGCAUGUUUCCUCGGUCAACACAUGAAACAUUUGCUCAGAAGCUUUACCAGACAUUCAAAAACCACAAACGCUUCAGCAAGCCCAAAUUGUCACGCACUGAUUUCACCAUCUGUCACUAUGCUGGUGAUGUGACCUACCAAACCGAUCAAUUCCUUGACAAGAACAAAGAUUAUGUUAUUGCGGAGCAUCAAGCUCUCUUAAGUGCUUCAAAGUGUUCUUUUGUCUCGGGCUUGUUUCCUCCACUAUCUGAGGAAUCAUCAAAGUCUUCAAAAUUCUCAUCUAUUGGUUCCCGUUUUAAGCAACAACUGCAAUCAUUGCUGGAAACUCUAAGCUCCACAGAGCCCCACUACAUUCGUUGUGUAAAACCCAAUAAUCUUCUGAAGCCUUCAAUAUUUGAGAACAAGAAUGUCUUGCAGCAACUUCGGUGCGGAGGAGUCAUGGAGGCAAUUAGAAUAAGUUGUGCUGGAUAUCCUACGAGACGAACUUUUGAUGAAUUUCUUGAUCGCUUUGGUAUCCUUGUCCCUGAUGUUUUGUUGGGAAGCUGUGAUGAGGUCACUGCAUGCAAGAAGUUGCUGGAGAAGGUAGAUCUUCAAGGCUAUCAGAUAGGUAAAACGAAGGUGUUUCUCAGGGCUGGUCAGAUGGCGGAUUUGGAUGCCAGAAGGACUGAAGUGCUGGGUAGAUCAGCCGUCGUCAUCCAGAGGAAAGUGCGUUCAUAUAUGGCUCGCAAGCAGUUUCUGGCAAUGCGCCAGUCUGCAAUACGUGUUCAAGCUCUAUGGAGAGGAAAACUUGCACGCCGGCUUUAUGAGGAUAUGCGGAGAGAAGCUGCAAUCUUGACAAUUCAGAAAUACCUGCGUGGUUAUCUUGCCAAAAAAGCUUACAAAGAAUUGGUGUUGUCAGCUGUGAUUAUUCAAUCGGGAUUGCGUGGGAUGGUUGCUCGCGAUGAGCUUCGUUUCAGGCGGCAGACCAGAGCUGCCAUUAUCAUUCAGACUAAUUGCCGACGUUACCUCGCCCGUCUACACUAUACAAGGAUCAAGAAAGCUGCAAUUAAAAUACAAUGUGCCUGGAGAGGCAGAGUGGCAAGAAAAGAGCUGCGGAAACUCAAAAUGGCGGCUAGGGAAACUGGUGCUUUACAAGCUGCCAAGAACAAGUUGGAAAAGCAAGUCGAAGAAUUGACCUGGCGAUUGCAAUUGGAGAAACGCAUGCGGGCUGACUUGGAGGAAGCCAAAGUACAAGAAACUGCUAAAUUGCAAUCUGCUUUGCAAGAGAUGCAAAAUCAAGUCAAGGAAAGUAAAGCCCUUCUGAUAAAGGAGCGUGAGGCAGCAAAGAAGGCAGCAGAGCAGGUUUCUGUUAUACAAGAGGUUCCAGUUGUAGAUACCGCCAAGCUGGAUAAGCUUGCCAAGGAAAAUGAAAAGCUCAAGGUCUUGGUGUCAACACUUGAAAAGAAAGUUGAUGAAGCUGAGAAGAAGUAUGAAGAAACACACAAACUUAGUGAAGAAAGACGCAAGAUGGCUGAAGAGGCAGAGUGGAAGCUAAUCCACUUGAAGACCACUGUACAAAGGCUUGAAGAGAAGAUAUCUAACAUGGAAUCUGAGGAUCAAAUUCUUCGGCAGCAGAGUUUGUUAAAUUCUCCUGUAAAGCGUAUGUCAGAGCAUCUGUCAAUUCCAGUAAUUAAGAAUGUGGAGAAUGGUCACCAUGAGAGUGGGGAGCUUAAAAAUAAAACUGAACCACAAGGUCGACUACCUGCAUCAAAGGAACAUGCAGAAUCUGAGAACAAAUUGAGAAAGUCACAAAUCGAGAGACAACAUGAAAGUGUCGAUGCUUUGAUUAAUUGCAUCAUGCAGAAUAUUGGGUUUAGCAAUGGGAAACCUGUUGCAGCAUUUACCAUAUACAAAUCUCUCCUUCACUGGAAAUCAUUUGAAGCUGAAAGAACCAGUGUGUUUGACAGGCUCAUUCAGACUAUUGGUUCUGCAAUUCAGGAUGAAGAUGAUAAUGAACAUUUGGCAUACUGGCUGUCAAAUACAUCCACUUUGUUGUUCUUGCUACAGCGGAGUUUGAAAGCUGCUGGUGCACCCGGAAGUACUCCUCAGAGGAAACCUGCUGCUGCAGUUUCAUUAUUUGGAAGGAUGACUCAGGGUUUUCGCUCUUCACCGUCUUCGGCACAACUUGCUGUGGGCAACCUAGAUGUUGUUCGCCAAGUUGAGGCUAAGUACCCUGCGCUGCUUUUCAAGCAACAGCUGACAGCUUAUGUGGAGAAAAUAUAUGGAAUCAUUCGUGACAAUGUAAAGAAGGAAUUGAUGUCUUUGCUUGCCCUCUGCAUUCAGGCACCAAGAACAUCAAGGGGAGCUAUGGUGAGGGGAUCGGGCCGGUCCUUUGGGCAUCAUACGCCAAGCAGUCACUGGCAAAGCAUUAUUGACAACCUCAAUGCUCUUCUUAAAAUGUUGCAGGAGAACUUUGUGCCCUCAGUUCUCAUCCAAAAGAUCUUUACACAGAUAUUUUCAUUUAUUAAUGUACAACUCUUCAACAGUCUCCUAUUGCGGCGUGAAUGUUGUACGUUUAGCAAUGGAGAAUAUGUGAAAGCUGGUUUAGCUGAAAUGGAGCUUUGGUGUUGCCAUGCAAAAGGAGAGUUUGCAGGAUCAUCUUGGGAUGAACUGAAGCACAUAAGACAAGCUGUAGGCUUUUUGGUUAUACACCAGAAAACUAAAGUUUCCUUUGAUGAAAUCACAAAUGAUCUCUGCCCAGUUCUCAGCGUGCAACAGCUUUAUCGAAUAUGUACACUGUAUUGGGAUGACAAGUAUGGCACCCAUAGUGUCUCCCCUGGUGUAAUUUCCAGCAUGAGAGUGCUGAUGACAGAGGACUCGAACACAGCAGUCAGCAAUUCCUUUUUACUGGAUGACAAUUCGAGGUAAAUUAACUGAUCUUCCUUGUCCUGAGAGAGAGAGAGAGAGAGAGAGAGAGAGAGU